UAUCACUCAACCCAUGACCGAUAUGUUGCAAUACAAAGGGUCCGUCAUACAUAUUUCAAGCUCACAGAACAUCUAAUAACGUGCCUUUGGACAUUUCCAACUUUGAUCGCAAGAACAGUAACUGUUUACCCCGUACAACAGCUCUAGCUAGCGGCUUACUCAUCAUUGAUCCAGCAUGUGACGCCAUCCUUGAAUGAAACGGAGGACAAUUGAGGAGAACCUGUCUUGUGAACGAUAGAGCUCAGAAACCCAAGGACACGAGCUGUUGUAUACUUUGUAUUUUUGAUCAUACGCAUAAUAAUCACAUAUAUACUGAACGAACUUUGAAGUGGCCCGCCAUGAGCUACAGGGAGGAAAUGACUCCCAGCUCUCCCCCUUACAGUCAUGACGACUCUGACGAUGCCUUUAUACUACGAGAACUAUCGACCCCCGAGCUUGAGAAGCGCCGGUUCCUCUACGCCGAUGACCAUACCCGAGAUGGCAGUCUCGAUAUCGAUGGGUUUGACGCGAGGUCGUUCGACACACCGUGGUAUCGACGAAGGGGAUCUUGUUUCUCAAUGAUCCGAUUUGCUCGUUCCUCCCCGCCCUGUGUCCCCCCGCUCUGCGAAUCACCAGAAUGUGUACAUGCUGCCUCCGAAAUUCUGUACAGUCUAGAUCCCAACUAUGCCGAGAUCGAUCCUUGCGAGGACUUCGAGCAAUAUGUUUGCGGGGGCUGGAGAGAACGGCACGAUCUGCGGCCUGACCAGGGCUCCAUGUUUACUGGGACUCUCAUGGCCGAAGCAGCUCAGAUGCGCCUUCGACACAUUUUGGAAUCCACAAGUGCCCCUGAAGCUGCUGAUGAAGAGAACUUUAGGAAAUUGAAAUCCGCUUACAAUGCUUGCUUGGACGAAGCCGCAAUCAGCAAGCGUGGUAGUGAGCCAUUGGAUGCUUUGCUGGCUCAAUUCGAAGAUAUCUAUUCCGCAGAGUCAGCUGCGGUUGGUUCGGAUGUCAAUAUCACAGAUGCAGUAUUAUUUCUCAUGAAUUCUGGCGUUACGGCGCUGGUGGAAAUGGGCCCUGGUCCCGAUGAUCGUGAUCCGGACAAAAUUGUUAUCUCUGUCGGCCCACCAGACGAAAUUGGGCUUCCGGUCAGGGAGUACUACAACAGCUCCCAGACUGUGUCCGAGUACACCGAAGUGUUGAAAGAAGUUCUUGGGGACUUUGUCGGACAGGACAAGCGAGUCUCCGUUGAGGAUAUUGUGCUGUUUGAAUCGAAGCUAGCAAAUGCAACACCAGAUGCGCAGACCUUGCAGGAUGUGGAGAAGUACUAUAACCCACGCAAUUUUGACCAGAUCGAAUAUAUGCUGCCACAGAUCUCUUUAUCUACCAUGGUUUCCGCGCUUUCCCCUGCCGAUUUCAAGACCGACCGCCUGAUUGUUUCUUCGCCUUCCUAUAUGGAGUCCCUGUCGACUAUUCUGAGAGAAACCCCUAGGAAGACUAUUCAUCAGUUCUUCAAAUGGAAGAUCAUCCAGGCGUAUGUGGACCAGAUAGAGGACGCCAAAAUCACGCCCCUGCGCAGGUUUUCCAACAAGCUAGCCGGCAAAGACCCCAAAGCUACAACCGAGCGGUGGAGAACGUGUAUUGGGUCGUUAGAUCGAGGACUCAGCUGGAGUCUCAGUCGAUUCUAUGUUCUCGAUGCCUUUUCCAAGGCAUCUAAGGAACUGGGUGAUCAAAUUAUUUUGGAUAUCAAGCAACGAUUUGUGAACAUCCUACACCAAACUAGUUGGAUGUCGCCCGAGGUACGGAAACUCAGUAUUGAGAAAGUCGACAACAUUGUCCAAAAGAUCGGAUACCCUACCAAGAGUCCAAAUGUGAUGGACCCAGCGGACAUCGAGAGGUAUUACCACGAGCUUCAUAUCUCCAAUGACACCUUCUUUGAGAACGAAAUGGCUAUUGCGAAGUUUGAUCUUCACCGAGCCUGGUCGAAGUUGGGCAAGCCCACUGACCGAAACGAAUGGGGAAUGAGUGCACCAACUGUGAACGCCUACUACAAUCCUCCCUUGCAGGAGAUCGUGUUUCCCGCCGGUAUUAUGCAGCCGCCAGUAUUCUACGGGAAAUCUGCACCCUUGUAUCUAGCCUACGGAGCGUUUGGCGCUGUGAGUGGGCAUGAACUUUCCCACGCUUUCGAUUCGACUGGUCGGCACUAUGACCAGACUGGGAACUACACCGACUGGUGGGACGAGAAGACCGUCCAAGGUUUCGAAGAACGCGCGCAGUGCUUCGUUGAUCAAUACUCAAAUUUCACCGUGCCAGGAGAGAAUGAGGAGCCUCUCCAUGUGAACGGGCGCCUUACUCUAGGCGAGAACAUUGCAGACGCUGGAGGCCUCGGAGCCGCGUUCCAGGCAUGGAAGAAGAGAGACGAAGCCUCGCCGGAUGCUCAUCUCCCCGGCCUUUCCAACUUUAGCAAGGAGCAGCUCUUUUUCAUCGCCUAUGGGAACUGGUGGUGUGCUAAGACGACCAAGGAAGCCGCCAUUCAAGCUAUCUAUACUGACCCCCACGCUCCUAAGUUUGCAAGAAUUAUUGGCACGAUGGCCAAUUCUCGCGAAUUCAAUGAGGCAUUCAAUUGCCCCACCAAGAAGCCCGUGUGCAAGCUCUGGUAGCUGAAGUGGUUUUUUCUGCUCAUUAACUCUGCAACAUAUCUCUUGCUUGAUAAUGUACCAUUGGGCGCCUGUAAUCUUGUUAAAUGAUAUAUCGACUGUACUGGCUAUAGUCUUGGUUAACGUCUACUACUGCUUUGAGAUUGCUCAACCAUGCGUCCUUCCAUGUGUCUCCAGUUGAUUCCUCGA